UUUCGAAGCUCCGGGGGAAUCUGCCCCGGAAGUUCUUCAUUAAUUAGCGCGAGUUUCUGUAGAUUCAAACUUCCCUGCUGAAUAACCGGAAGAGCCUGGCAAGGCAAGUCAAGUCUGAACUUUGUAGCGAAAAUACAUUACAUUUAUUUGGAAUACGCUUUUAUCCAAAGCGACGUGCAAUAAGUGCAUACCGAAGGUCAUUACAGCUACUACAAAACACAGGUCCACAGAUUUAUCACGCACGUGGGAUCCUUCUCCUCCGAGCGUUACAUUACAUCCAGAUCUACAAACGAUUGAGUUUUUGAUUGAGUAAUUGAUUUACCAACAAAUCAGGUUGGAAGCAACAGCAGCUAACAGAAUUUUAAUUAAGAAGGAAAACCGAAGCAUUCUUCACCUGACUAGAAGUUACAUAUUCUACGCAAGGAGCUGCACUUCUGCACACCUUUGAGCAGCAGUAUGAUGCAGGCAGGAGUCUGUCUGAGACAGGACACUGAGACAACACUACCAGAGCUCACUGAGCAGCACAGGAUCAGACAGAAAGAAGAGGAACUCAGUGGACUGGAGUUAAAGACGGAGUGUGCUGCACCAGGACUCAACACACUGGAGCCAGAGUGUGUUACAGCACACAGUAGGGUCAGUGAUGUAUGUGCCACACAUGUAUCAUUGAUUAGAAUGGAAACUGAUCUGGGCUCCACCCAUAUUGUGAAUCUUAAGACAGAGAGGGUAGAUGGUUCAGAGUUACGGUAUGUGAGCCAUCUGUGUCCUGACCAAAUCAAAACAGAAGCUGAUGAUGGUGGAUACCUGAAAGUAGAACACAUUGGGGACUUACGGUAUAUUAAAUGUGUAGAUAUGAAAUCUGAUGAGAUGAAGUAUGAAUCCAGUGAAUGUUUAGUGAGUGAUGUCAUGAAUGCUGGGAUGAAUGGAGUUGAUGUUGAUCACAAAGUCCAGGCUGAACCAUGGCAAUGUGCUGCAGAGACAAACACAGAAUGUAAAAAAGAAUUUUAUGACCUGUUGACCGAAUCUGGGGAUUUAAAUCAUCACUGUGACAUAAAUAAUGUGAAUAAUCAGUCUAAGAAUGUCAAUUUAAGAGCAAUGAUAAUUGAACCCAUGAUAAUUAAUUCAAGUAAAAAACCAAACCUUUUGAAUUUCUUUCAAAAGGAGACAAUUCAUAGAAAUACACACUUGAAGGUUCAUACAGAUGAAAAGCUGUACCAAUGUUCUUUGUGUGGCCAGUGUUUUUCCCGAACAUCUACUUUAAAUCUCCACCAGAAAAUUCAUACCAGUGAAAAGCCCAACAAAUGUCCUCUUUGUGGGAAGUGCUUUUCCAGAAUAUCUGAAUUAAAUCGCCAUCAGAGAAUUCAUACAGGUGAAAAGCCCUACAAAUGUCCUCUGUGUGGGAAGUCCUUUUCUAGAAGAUGUGAUUUAAAUAGCCACCAGAGAAUUCAUACAGGUGAAAAGCCAUACAAAUGUAGUGAGUGUGGGAAGAGUUUUAAUACAAAAUAUUAUUUAAAGACACACCAGAUAAUUCAUUCAGGUGAAAAGCCCUACAAAUGUAGUGAGUGUGAAAAGUGUUUUAAUACCAAACAUGGUUUUAAUAAACACAAGACAAUUCAUACAGGUAAAAAGCCCUACAAAUGUACAGAGUGUGGGAAGUGUUUUUCCCAAAUAAGUUAUUUAAAUUGCCACAAGGUGAUUCAUACAGGUGAAAAGCCCUACAAAUGUUCUCAGUGUGGGAAGUGUUUUUACAAUAAGUCUAAUUUGAAUGCCCACCAGAGAAUUCAUACAGGCAAAAAGCCCUACAAAUGUUCUCAGUGUGGGAAGUGUUUUUACAGUAAGUCUAAUUUAAAUACCCACCAGAGAAUUCAUACAGGUGAAAAGCCCUACGUAUGUUCUUUGUGUGGGAAGCGUUUUUCCCAAACAUGUAAUUUACAUAUCCACCAGAAAAUGCAUGCUAGGAUAGGCUCCAGCACCUCAUGCGACCCUGCUCAGGAUAAGUGGGUAUAGAUGAUGGAUGGAUGGAUUAAAAGCCUUACAAAUGUACAGAGUGUGGGAAGUGUUUUUCCCAAAGAAAUUCUUUAAAUUUCCACAAGAUGAUUUAUACAGGUGAAAAGCCCUAGAAAUGUGCUUUGUGUGGGAAAUGCUUUUCCGUUCAUAUGUAUUUACUGUGAGAAACACUUUUCCACACUAUCUCAGUUAACUCGGCGUAAGAAAUUUCAUACAGGUGAAAAUACCUACAAAUAUAAUGUGACAAGUGUUUUAAUGCUAAUCUGAUUUAAAUCCACAUCUGAGAAUUCAUACAGUUGAAAUGCGGUGCAAAUGUACUCAGUGUGGAAUUUGCUUUUUUUGCUGCAAAAUAUCCAUCAGAAAAUGCAUACAGGUGAAAAACCCUUCAAAUGAAUUCAGUGUGACAGGUGUUUUUAAUUACCUUAACUGGAUUCAUUCAGAUGAAAAGGCUUAUAGUGGUAUUUUGUGUGGGAAGUGCUUUUCCAGAACAAGCUUUUUAAAAUGCAUGAAGUUAAUUCAAGUGAAAAGCCAUGAACAUGUAUUCAGUGAGGGAACUGAUUUUUCUUUAACAUGUGCUUUGCAUUGCUAAAACACGAUGUUACGGGUGAACAGGCCCGCAAUUAGUGCAGUCAGUGAGGGAAAUGUUUUAAUGCAAAAUAUAAUUCAGAGACUUCACACAGAUGAACAGCCCUGUAAGUGUACACAUAGCAGAAAACAUAACUUUCUGCCGGAGAAUUCGUACAGGUGAAAUUCCCUACAAACAUUUUUUAAUGUGGGAAGUGUUUUUGACAACACAAGCUUUAACUUGCCACAAGGUCUAUAUACAGGUAAAAUGCCCAAUGUAAAAAAAAAAAGAAUUUAUUUCAAUAUCUAUAGGGCCACUAUAGGGUACCGACUCCUCAAAUAAACUUUCAAAUUUAGGAUUUUUACCAGUAAAAAAUUUUCAGGUGGAAAUUUGCACUUGUAAUGAAUUAUUUUUGUGACCUGCCUUCUAUAACAAUCCUUUCCUGCUGUAUAGUAGCACAGUAUAUCAUUGCCCUGUGGUUUUCCUUGGUGAUUGUAUUCUUGAGAGGCAUUUGAAAUACAGCACAAUAGCUGGGGCAAACUGGAAUCCCAUUUUCUUUAAUAACAUGUGUUUGACCAUUUUAUUUUUUAGAAAAAGUAAUUUCCCUUGGAGUCCACUUGCUGAUAUAUUGUGAUGAUGAAACUGACACCAGCGUACCUUGUUUGAACGACACAAUGUGAAAACUCUUUGCAUAUACUGCUGUAAGAAACAUGGUUGUGUGUCUUGCCAACAUGUAUCAUAAAACAUACUUAACGGUAUUGGCUUUUUCAAUUGUUUUACUGCCAAUGUAGAGGCGGUAAUGUGUUAAUGAAUUUAGUUUUAGUUCCUGCUGUACAUUCCUGAACACUUACUGUGUAUGAAUUGUGUAUGAAAUAAAUUUACAUUGUGAAUGUAAACAUACCAUGUUAUGUAAA